AUGGGGAAAGUAGCAGCAACCUCAGUCCAACCGCAAACCCUGACAGUGAUCGAUAACCGGACGGGCAAGAGCAUCGAAGUUCCGAUCGAGCAGAACUCGAUCCCGGCCACUGCGCUCAAGAAGCUAGCGAUCAAGGGCGGCCAGGCGGCGGGGUUGCCGGCGAACAGCCGCCCGGAAGACGAGCUGGAGGCCGGGAUUAGGGUCUAUGACCCCGGGUUCAUGAACACUGCAGUCAUCAAGAGCAAAAUCACUUACAUCAACGGCACCGCCGGCGAGCUUCGCUACAGGGGUUACCCGAUCGAACAACUCGCCGAAAAGAGCACUUAUCUCGAGGUCUCUUAUCUAUUACUCUAUGGCGAAUUACCGACCAAACAACAGUUUCAUCACUUCAACAACGAAGUAAUGCACCAUACAUAUGUGCACGUAGAUUUGGAGCAGAUCAUAUCGGCCUUUCGAUACGAUGCGCAUCCGAUGGCGAUACUGAUUUCGUCAUUUGGGGCUCUAGGCGCGUUUGCGCCGGGAGCGAAUCCGUCCUUGCAGGGGCAAAAGCUAUACACUCGGCCAGAGGAGGAAAGUUCGCGGACUGUGAUGGACAAGCAGAUCUUCCGGCUGCUCGGCAAGUCGAUCUCACUGGCCGCGAUGGCCUACAGGGUCCGCAUGGGUCGGGCCUUCAAUCGUCCCCCCGUCGGCCGGUCGUACACCGAGACCUUCCUCUACAUGCUCGACUACUUGAACGAGGGCGAAAACUAUCGUCCGAACCCGGUGAUCGCCAAGGCGCUCGACGUCCUCUUCAUCUUGCAUGCCGACCAUGAAUUAAAUGCGGGCACGGCGACCAUGUUGCAGACGGGAAGCACCUUGGUGGAUCCCUACAGCGCCGUAGCCGCCUCGACGGCAGCCCUCUAUGGCCCACUCCAUGGGGGCGCAAACGAGGCGGUGAUCCGGAUGCUGAUGCGGAUCGGCAGCCCCGCCGCGGUCCCUAAUUUUAUCGAGCGGGUCAAGCAGAAGAAGGAGGUCCUCAGCGGGUUUGGCCAUCGGGUCUACAAGACCUCUGAUCCUAGGUCCUUCAUCAUCCGUAAAACUGCCGACGAAGUUUUCGCGGUUACUGGUAGAGACAAAAUGUUGGACACCGCCAUCGCUUUACAUGAGCACGCAAUGAAAGAUGAAUAUUUCCAGUCCAGGAAUCUUUACCCGAACGUCGAUUUCUGGAGCGGAUUGAUCUACCGAGCUUUAGGAUUCCCGACGGAUUUCUUCCCGGUAUUGUUUGCAGUACCGCGAGUAGUAGGAUGGUUGGCGCACUGGAAACAGAUGCAACACCAACAGGGAGGGGUAAAGAUCUGGCGUCCCAGACAGGUCUAUGUCGGCGCGGCCAAGCGCGACUAUGUCGAGAUCGAUAGCCGCCAGAAAACUGCCGUAGAAGAACCUAGCAAGGUCGAACAUGUCUUCUCCGGUAGACACUUCUUGGCGAGCUGGAACGGUAAAAACUCGCCUAAACUUUAA